CCAGUUCUGGAGAUAUCCCUGGUGGUGUUUUGCUGAAGCACACUCAGGCUGUCCAGUUCACCUUGCCUCUUUCUCUGCUGACAUGAAGGUUUUUUUUGUGGGACUGGCCACUCUCUUGUGCUUUGCAGGAGCGGAGGCUCUGCGCUGCAAUGUCUGCAAACGCAAGUUUCUCCUCUUUGGAUGUGUCCAGGGAUCAGGUGAAACGACGUGUGGAUGGAGGGAGAGAUGUGUGAACAUUAAAGCUUCUCUCGGGAAAUUACCUCUCUACUACCGGCUGAACUGCACCUCAGUGCAAAAUUGCGGCAAGGUGAGAGCACCCGAUGAAUCUCACCUUACUUAUGACUACACCUGCUGCAACACUGAUUUCUGCAAUUGAGCUGGAGGGGAGGAAGGUGUGUGUGGGGCAGUCAGUGUCAGUGAAUCAGUUGAGCUCUUAUAUUUGCUGUCUCUCUUCUUCUGCAAUGCAAGGAAGGGGAACGGAUCAUGACCCUCUUUUUCUUUUUCUUUUAAUCCAGAUGAUUAUUUUUUUAAAGAUUCAGAUAUAUUUCCAUUCUUCUAGGAAAACACCUGCUUUCCUGUUGUCUUUAAAGCAGGGAUCGUGUCUCAGAGUGAUGAAGCUUGGGGUAAAAUGCUCCAAAGUGUCAAUGUCAGAAGCCUAAUGUGGAGUAUUGGAAACUGUGUUCAAAAUGGCAUGCUGCCACUUUAUGUGUGAGGAGGUUGCUUGGCCCUGCAGCCUGGCUAGGUGGCUCUGAGGGAAACAUGUGAUCUGGGUUGUCUGAGUCAGUUAGCAGACAACUAGGUGUGGCGAGAUGCGCUUCUCUGGUUGUAGGGAGCAGCCUGCUUUGUCUCUCUCUGUUUCAGAGUUCUUGUGUGUCUUAUUGUUCAGAAUUCUAAGAAAUCAAGUUGUGUUAUAUUGCAACCUUCCAGCAAGAGUAUUUCUGUUCUGAUCCAACUUCUCUGUGUGUAUGCCAUGAAUAUAACACCUAAGUCCCACUAACAUUCCGCUUUACUCAUAAUCAUUUUUCUUAGUUCCAAAAUCAUAGGGUCUUUAGGAAUCCCUGAUCCACUGAAAUUAAUGGGACUGAACUCAUGUAACUGACAGUAGAACCUGGCCAUGUAUCUAUAUUUUCUUCUCCAGCUGGUUUGAUUUAUCGAGGUCUAAACUUGGCAGGUCUGAUGCUGUAAUGGCUGCUUAGCACACUGAUCGGAGUCACCUUGCUUUUGCCUUGUACUCCCCACAUCUAUUGGUUGUAUCCACUUGUGGUGUCUCCUUCCUAAAUUUAGAUGGUAAGUGCUUCAGGGCAGGGACUGUUAUGUGCGUGUCUAGAGUCUAACACAAUGGGACCUGGGCCCCUGACUGGGGCCUCUGGGCACUACCACAAUAAUAAUAAAUAAUAAUAAUAACAUGAUCUCUGUGUUAUGGCAGGGGGCAAACAGAUUUUGGUGCUGGGGAGCUUAAAUCAACAAGAAUAUUCCGCUCAAUUUACUGUCUAUUUAGAUUGUGUGCUCACGAUUUAGGACUAUCUGUUGCUUUGCUUCUGUGUAGUAUGCUGCAAAAUAGGGUCCUGGUCUCAGGUGCUACUGCAAUAUACAUAAUAAUAAUGAUC